GCGCAGGACCCGGCUCCCUCUCGUCUGGGUUACCAGGGAACCGCCAUGGGCAUCUACCGCAUCCGCGUGGCCACCGGGGCCUGGCUCUUCUCCGGGUCGCACAACUGCGUGCGGCUGUGGCUGGUCGGGGAGCACGGGCAGGCGGAGCUAGACCUGCAGCUGCGGCCGGCGCGGGGCCAGGUGGAGGAGUUUGAGCACGACGUUGCCGAGGACCUGGGGCCGCUGCAGUUCGUGAAGUUGCGCAAACAUCACUGGCUGGUGGACGACGCGUGGUUCUGCGACCGCAUCACGGUGCAGGGCCCCGGAGCCGGCGCGGAGGCCAGCUUCCCGUGCUACCGCUGGGUGCAGGGCGAGGGCGCGGUGACCCUGCCCGAGGGCACCGCCCGCCUGGCAGGAGACAAUGCAUUGGAUGUAUUCCAGAAAUAUCGGGAGAAGGAACUGAAGGAAAGACAACAAAUAUACUGCUGGGCCCUCUGGAAGGAAGGGAUGCCCCUGGCAAUAGCUGCAGACCGUGUGGAGGACCUGCCUCCAAACAUGAGAUUCCAUGAGAAGAAGAGGCUGGACUUUGAGUGGACAAUGAAGGCAGGGGCAAUGGAGAUGGUCCUCAAACGUGUUUAUACCCUUCUGGGAUCCUGGAGCCAACUGGAGGAUUUCGAUCAGAUCUUCUGGGGCCAGAAGGGCACCCUGGCUGAGGUGGUUCGCCAGCGUUGGCAGGAUGAUGAGUUUUUCGGUUACCAGUUCCUCAAUGGAGCCAACCCCAUGCUGCUGAGACGCUCCACCUCUCUGCCCUCCCGGUUGGUGCUGCCUUCAGGGAUGGAGGAGCUUCAGGCUCAGUUGGAGAAAGAACUCCAGAAGGGUUCCCUGUUCGAGGCUGACUUCAUCCUGCUGGAUGGAAUUCCAGCCAACGUGAUCCGAGGAGAGCAGCAGUACGUGGCUGCCCCCCUCGUGAUGCUGAAGAUGGAACCCAGUGGGAAGCUGCUGCCCAUGGUCAUCCAGAUCCAGCCUCCCAACCCCAGCUCCCCAACCCCAACGCUGUUCCUGCCCUCAGACCCGCCACUUGCCUGGCUCCUGGCAAAGUCCUGGGUCAGAAGUUCAGAUUUCCAACUGCACGAGCUCCAGUACCAUCUACUGAACACUCAUCUGGUGGCUGAAGUUAUCGCUGUCGCCACCAUGAGGUGUCUCCCAGGACUGCACCCCAUCUUCAAGCUCCUGAUGCCACACACCCGCUACACCAUGGAGAUCAACACCCGGGGACGGAAACAACUCAUCGAAGAAGGAGGUAUAUUUGACAUGGGAAUGAGCACAGGUGGUGGGGGCCACAUACAGUUGCUCUGUCGGGCUACGGCUCAGCUGACCUACCGCUCCCUCUGUCCUCCUGACGAUCUGGCUGACCGGGGCCUCCUGGGGAUCCCGCGUGCCUUCUAUGCCCACGAUGCUUUACGGCUGUGGGAAGUCAUUGCCCGGUACGUGGAGGGGAUCGUCCACCUCUUCUACCACGGGGAUGAUGUUGUGAGAGGGGACCCUGAGCUUCAGGCCUGGUGUCGGGAGAUCACUGAGGUGGGGCUUUGCCAGGCCCAGGACAAAGGUUUCCCUGUUUCCCUCCAGUCCCGAAGUCAACUCUGCCACUUCCUAACCAUGUGCAUUUUCACAUGUACUGCCCAGCACGCAGCCAUCAACCAGUGCCAGCUGGACUGGUAUGCCUGGGUUCCUAAUGCCCCAUGCACAAUGCGAAUGCCCCCACCCACCACCAAGGAAGAUGUGACAAUGGCGACAGUAAUGGACUCCCUACCUGAUGUCCACAAGUCCUGUCUUCAAAUGGCCAUCACAUGGCAUCUCAGUCGACGCCAGCCAGGCAUGGUGCCUCUGGGGCAUCACAAAGAGAAGUAUUUCUCAGACUCCAAGGCUGAGGCUGUACUGAAGCAAUUCCAAACAGACCUGGAAAACCUGGAAAGGGAAAUUACAGCACAGAAUGAGCAACGUGACCUACCCUACGAAUACUUAAAGCCCAGUAACAUAGAGAACAGUAUCACUAGCUGAGCUCUAAGGUGCCCACACCUGGAAAACUAGGACUGCCAUUUCUAGCUUGAAUUUCAUGGUUUGCUAAGUCUCUGUUGCUAGGGCUCUAUUUUCUCUCCCAAUUAAAUCCUCUACAUCAGUAUCCCACUAGCCAGGGGACGGGAGCGGGGGACACCUUUUCUGUUAAAAGCCAAAUAAAAAUUUUAGGAUUUGCAGGCCACACAGUCUCUGUCACAACUACUCAACU